GCCUGUGGAAACAUGAAGAGGUAAGGGCUUGUCUGACAGCAGGCGGCCAAGGGAGCUCUUUUUUACCUUUUAACUUUGAAAAUGGCUUUUAUGACUUUGUGUUUGGGGUAUGUCACGUUCUCGGGAUGCGGUUUCGUGUGAGCGGGAAGACAAAGAAGGAGGGAGGAUGAGAAACGGGCUUAGGCCUGCAGGGCGAAGUUCAGGAAGGGCCGCCGCCGCUGCCGUAUCCCGUAGGAAUACCUUGCCCGCACGGGCAUCUAGGCCACGGCGCCGGCCCCAAGAGCUGCACGGAUGCCGUGGCUUCUUACAGCUUCAGAUGGACCUACCCAGGAUAAAUAGCUGUGUGAAGAGUGGUGAGCAUGUCCUGGAGGAGUUGGAAACAGAAGGGGAAAGGCAGCUGAAAAGCCUCCUUCAGCAUCAACUUGAUACCUCUGUCUCCAUUGAGGAAUGUGUGUCUAAGAAAGAGAGCUUUGUUCCUGGUACUAUGUACAGGCCCUUUGGGAAGGAAGCAGCUGGGACCAUGACUCUGUCCGAGUUCCAGACACUGCAUGAGAAGGACCAGGAAAGUGCUUCUCUUCGGGAGCUAGGGCUCAAUGAAACAGAAAUCUUGAUCUGGAAGAGCCAUGUUUCAGGCGAAAAGAAGACAAGACUGAGGGCAACACCUGAAGCAAUACAGAACCGUCUUCAAGAUAUCGAAGAAAGGAUCUCAGAGCGUCAGCGCAUCCUUUGCCUACCACAGAGAUUUGCCAAAAGCAAACAGCUGACCCGGCGUGAAAUGGAAAUAGAAAACUCUUUAUUCCAGGGAGCUGAUCGGCACUCCUUCCUCAGGGCUCUUUAUUACCAAGAUGAACCCCAAAAGAAGAACAAAGGUGAUCCCAUGAACAACCUGGAAAGUUUUUACCAAGAGAUGAUAAUGAACAAACGUCUUGAAGAGUUUCGACUUAUGAGAGGUGAACCCUUUGCUUCCCACUCACUGGUCUCAGCUACAUCAGUGGGAGAUAGUGGCACAGCUGAGAACCCGUCAUUACUCCAGGACAAGGGAAAACAGGCAGCACAGGGUAAAGGUCCCAGUCUCCAUGUGGCAAAAGGUAUUGAUAAUUCACCUGAGCAGUGUUGGACUGGGCGUAAGAAGCUGACGCAGCCAAUAGAAUUUGUCCCAGAAGAUGAGAUCCAGAGAAAUCGUUUGUCAGAGGAAGAGAUCCGAAAAAUUCCUAUGUUUUCUUCAUAUAAUCCAGGGGAGCCAAACAAGGUGUUAUACCUGAAGAACCUUAGCCCUCGGGUGACCGAAAGAGACCUUGUCUCACUGUUCGCUCGGUUCCAGGAGAAAAAAGGACCACCAAUUCAAUUCCGAAUGAUGAGUGGACGAAUGAAGGGGCAGGCUUUUAUCACCUUUCCCAAUAAGGAGAUAGCACAGCAAGCAUUGCAUCUAGUAAAUGGAUAUAAACUACGUGGGAAAAUAUUGGUGAUAGAAUUUGGAAAGAAUAAAAAGCAACGGUCAGAUCUCCAGGCUGCUUCUCUCAUAUCAUCUGCGACAGAUAACACUACAGAAAUCAGUGGUAGCUAAAAGAUAUAUAGAUGGUGAGUCCCAGGAGGUCUUCCUUAUCAGAAUCUUGGCUCUGGAAUUUGUGUAUAGAUAGCAAUUUAUUUGGAUUUGAAGAAGAGAAACUAACUGAAGGAGAGAAAAAUCUAAGAUAAUCCCUCUCUGUUUCAGAAUGAAUUGCUAGGAAACAUUUUUUUAUAAUCAAAGACUAUAUAGGACAGACAUAUGGCAAGUAUGAAAUGUAGGGUACAAAGAGUAUCAUUUUCUCAGGAUAAAUUACAAAGGAUUAUUUCCAAGGAUUUUAAAAAGCCUUAUAAUUUAUUGGGGAUCUUAAAUAUUUGUCCCUAAAGAUAACAUUCUUUCCAAGGUUCUUCCUAUAUGCAGAAUUAAACAACUAACUAAAUGUUGAAAUAUUUAUUUACUAGAACUCAUUUAUCCUAAUUUAUAUCCACCUAGUAAAUAUCUGACGAAGACCCCAGGCCUAAACAUCAACAAAUGCUGUCGAAUAAGAACUAUCAGCAGUGACAAUAGGUAGUUUCAUAAAUUAGUCCAUAUAUUUAAUGAAUGCUUCCCCAUGAACUUAUCAGUGUCUUCAAAAAGCUAUAUAUUUUUCUAAUGAAAGCAUUUAGAUCAAAAUACUGAUGUUCUCAUAGUCAUUAAGCUAGCUACCAUUGAACAACAUUGAGUUCAAAGCAAUAAACAUUGGAUCAAUAUCUAAUCAUGUUAUAUAUUAGGUAUAUGACUUUCAGAAGAGGAACAUACUAACAAACAAUACUAAAGGAGGGUGGGAAGAAAGUGUUCUCCUCCAGAAGAGAGUCAUUCCCAAAUCCCUCAGUUGUUCGUACUUGCUGGAGAAUAGAAAGGAAAUAUGAUAUAGAGGAAAUAGUACAAACUUUGGAAUCGGACUUGUGUUUAAACUUCACAGCCACACUUACCACUUCAUGACCUUGGCAAGUCACUUAAUCUGAGCCUCAGUUUUCUCAUUUAUAAAAUGAGGAUAAUACUACUACUUACCUCAUUGGGUUGUAAGGAUUAAAUGAGAUGAUAUUAUUUUGGAUGAAGAACAGGAGUAAAAAAAUGGAAGAAAAUUGAACAGAGUGUAGGACCAUUAAGCACCCCAACAUACUUUUAAUGAGAGAACAAGAAAAAGAGAAGAGAAAGAAAAAAAGCAGAAAACAUAUUCCAAUAAAUAAUGGCUGUAAAUGUCCAAAAUUUGAUGAGAAACAUCACCUAUACAUCCAAGAAUUUCAACAAACUUCAAGUAGGAUAAAGAAGAAAUCUACAGACACAUCAUAACAAAAAUGCUAAAACUCAAAGACAAAGAGGAACCCUUGAAAGUAACAUGAGAAAAAUGAAGCAUCACUUAGAAGAGAACCCCAAUCAGAUUAACAGCUAACUUCUCGUCAGAAACAAUGGAGGUGACAGUGGGAUAACAUAUUCGAAGUGCUCAAAGAAAACACCUGUUGAUAUAGAAUCGUAUAUCCACUGAAGCUGUUUUUGAAAAUGAAGAUAAAAUAUAAGCCUUCCUACAUCAUCAAAAACUGUUGUUGCUGGCAGACCUGACUUAUAGGUGAUAGUAAAGUAAGUUCUUCAGGCAGAAAGCAGUGACUUUGGAUAAUAAUUUAAAUCUAUACAUACAGAAAAAUAGCACAGGUAAAGGUAAUUACAGAAUUAGAAAAGAGAGUCUAAAUGCAUUUUUCUUCUCUUAAUUUUAUUUGAAAAACAAUUGUAUAAAGCAAUAUGUAUAUAGUUGUAUUGUUGGGUUUAUAACUAAAAGUGCAAUAUAUUUGCUAAUGACAGAACAUAGGAGGUAGGUGGAAGCAAAGCUGUAUUGGACUAUAGAAAUGACUCCAGAUGGUAAUGCCAAUCUGCAGGAACAAGUGAAGAAAAUAAGAAAUAGGAAAUAAGGAAGUUAAUAUAAAAAAAGUGACAAAUAUAUAUUUGCUCUUCUUCCUUCUCUGAGCUUCUAAAAAGAUAUAAAAUUUCAUCAAGUAAUAAUUUUAACAGUUUGUUGUUGGAUUUAUAACAUGUAGAAAUAAUAUAUAUAACAAUAAUAACACCAAAAGUGGGCAAAGGAAUAGAUUCAUGUAGGAAUAAGGUGUUUAUAUCUCAUUGGAAUUUAGUUUGUAUAUAUCUGAAGCCAACUGAGUUAUGAUUUGUAUGGUAAUUAUGUUUGCACUCAUAGGUCUAACAGGAGAAACCUAACACAGGUCCAUAG